AAUGAGUUGGAUUAUUUCCCACUUUCUAGAUUGCGUUCACAGAGUGGAUUGAACCGCCUAAACGAGAAAGGAAAGCCAAUUAUGCUGUUGAUGCGUAUUUCAGGGAGGCUCUCCGUGUUAGUGAACCUAAAGCACCUAAGGCACCCCGACCUCCAAAACAACCAAAUGUUCAGGAUUUCCAGUUCUUUCCUCCACGUUUAUUUGAAUUACUGGAAAAAGAAAUUCUGUAUUACAGGAAAACCAUAGGGUACAAGGUGCCUCGGAGUCCUGACCUACCUAACGCAGCACAGGCACAGAAAGAAGAACAACUUAAAAUUGAUGAAGCGGAGCCCCUUAACGAUGAGGAGCUAGAGGAAAAAGAGAAGCUUCUGACGCAGGGAUUUACUAAUUGGAAUAAGAGAGAUUUUAACCAGUUUAUCAAAGCUAAUGAGAAGUGGGGUCGUGAUGAUAUUGAAAAUAUAGCCAGAGAAGUAGAAGGAAAAACUCCAGAAGAAGUCAUUGAAUACUCAGCUGUGUUCUGGGAAAGAUGUAAUGAGCUCCAGGACAUAGAGAAGAUUAUGGCUCAGAUUGAAAGGGGAGAGGCAAGAAUUCAAAGAAGAAUAAGCAUCAAGAAAGCACUAGACACAAAGAUUGGACGGUACAAAGCACCCUUUCAUCAGCUAAGAAUAUCAUAUGGUACUAACAAAGGAAAAAACUAUACUGAAGAAGAGGAUCGUUUUCUCAUCUGUAUGCUGCACAAGCUUGGAUUUGACAAGGAAAAUGUUUAUGAUGAGUUACGACAAUGCAUUCGAAACUCCCCUCAGUUCAGAUUUGAUUGGUUUCUCAAGUCCAGAACUGCAAUGGAGCUCCAGAGGAGAUGUAAUACUUUAAUUACUUUGAUUGAAAGAGAAAAUAUGGAACUAGAAGAGAAGGAGAAGGCAGAGAAAAAGAAAAGAGGACCAAAGCCUUCGACACAGAAGCGUAAAAUGGAUGGUGCCCCUGAUGGUCGAGGAAGAAAAAAGAAGCUGAAACUAUGAAAGCAUAUUUGUCUUCUAAUCACUAAACUAGCAGUUCUUUAGUUUCCGGGUCUUCAUAAGAUGUGCUGUACAGUGCUCAACUGUUACGUCAUUCAAAGACAUCAGCUCCAUCUGCUUACUGAGCUAGAAACAUAGGGUGUAGUCUCACUUUUUUAAAUGCAACAGCUGUGCUGAAAUUUUUUAUCAUUAACAUUUGAAGUAAUAAAACAGGCUUCAUUUAUUAAUAAAUGUUUCAUUUGGUUUAUUUUUCUAUUUUCAUUUGUAAGGAUUGUGGCUUUUUAUUGGCUACAACUCUUUAACACUUAUAUGGCUUAAAACACGCAAACAAGUAAAAAAUAUGACAAAGAACAUUUGUCCCUUCAAGACUCCACUUAGUUGUGUAAUUAUUUUAUUUAACAUUCUUUGCCUUUGACUUUUUUUUGUAGUACUAUUGAGUCUCCUCUGGAAAGAUUGUGUAAAUUGCGUUCUUGCUUAUUACAGAAUAGGGGAAGGAAGACAAGUUUUAUAAUUUCUCUGUGUAUUUCUGUUACACUUUCUGUGUCUGUGGUUCUGAAGUGAGUGUGCCCUGUUCAUUGGAUGAAUGCCUUUUUAGUUGCAUAGCCAAAGACAUUUAGUAUUUCCUGGUUCUUGAAGAUGGUGUAUUAUUUUUUAGCAGGAAUUUUUUUUUUAAAGUAUUUGGUAAAUAUUUUGACAAAUGGGCUGUAAAGCCCCAACAGCGAUGAUGUCAGAAGUUAGGUGAUUUUUUUUUUUAAAUUUGAAGACCCAGCCAAAAUGAGGUGUGAAUCUGUCAUAUUGUUACAAUAAUAAUAGAAUAUACCCUCCCAGUUUAUAGUAUUUUUGAGUUUUUAGAGUAAAUGAAAAUUUUAUUUUAUUAUAUUUUAAAAUAACUUCUAAAGUCUUAGUAGCAAGAUGGAGUGUCAUUCCAAUUUUUAUUUUCUAUGGAAUAGACUUGCUAACUGGAGACCCUGAAGCAGGAAUACCCAGAGGCCUUUAUGUGCUACACAUCAUUUGUAUAAAGUUUUAUAUGUGCAAAUUGGGUAGAUAAGCAGUUCUCCAUUUUUCUAAGGGAAUGCAAUAAAUGUAGCAUCGUGAAUAAAUAUAACUUUUGUAAUCCUUAAA